AUGUUGCGCCCCCAGAAGCCACCCGAUGGACUUGACCGAAGUCAUCGAUACUUUUGUUAUGUUUGCGGCACACUUCUCCCCCACAAAAUUUCGCCCGAGGACUCGCUUGUAUGUACAAAAUGCUUGACGCCCACUUAUCUGUCGUGGUUUGUCGGCUUGAAGGUAGCUUUUGACUCGGAAAGUGCUACUGGCUGUGAAAUUCCCAGUCUUCAAUCCUCACCCUACUUUCAGAAGUUGCUCGUCAAUGCCCAGAAAACCCUUAGGUCGGAGGAGGCUUUAAGAGGAGCUGGUAAUUCUCUAGAUGUGAAUACUCUGGAUGGUCCCUCUGUUAAGAGGGAUUGUUAUUAUUGCGGUAACAAUCGAAUGACUUAUGUUACCAUGCAGACUCGUUCUGCGGACGAAGGCCAAACCGUGAUUUAUACAUGUACACUGUGCAAGAAGAAAGAAGUAGAAAACACUUAA